AUAAUCUUUUAGUGACCUGGUCAAAUAACAUCCAUCAAAUGGCAUUAGACUCUGUUCCGACAACAAAGGGAGCUCGCUGGAUGACAAUGUGGUUAAGGAACCUAGAGAGCCAAUUAAAUAAUUAUAAAUGCGCAAACGAUUGGUUCAAUGAUUUUCAAGCACUGAUUCCAGGCAAUGUCAAUAUAGAACUUCAACGGUUAAUAGCUUAUAUGCUGUUGGAAAAAACUAUUAGAGUCACGUUUAAACAAGUACACAAUGAUCAAGUCAUUCUAGAAUCAUGGACUAUACCUAAAGUAAUUAUCGAUUUAGAAUCAGCGGAGGCAUUGAGAUUCCAGUAUAUUAUCGGAUGGAUUAUCUAUAAAUUAACAAAAAGCGACACAUCAACAAUGGCACACAAAGACUUUGCACAGAUUAGGUCUUGCUUAAAUAUUCUUAGUGCUGAACAUGUUGAAUAUGUGCGUGAUACCCGUUCAAAGAUAACAACAGUCAUUCCAGGUGAUGAUUUCAUCCGAUUCAUGUAUUAUUUGGAGUCACUCAUUCUUCAGCUGUUUGAAAAACACAUCAAGUAUGGACCAAACAUUCUAAUUUAUAUUGACAAGAAUCUUGUAAGCAACAAACCACUGAAGAAGCAGUUCCACAAUCUUUUACAAGUGGCGUAUAAGCAAUGUGAAAACCAAAUGCCACUUUCAGAAUCCACUGAAGACUAUCUGUUUAUACGAUUGAUCAGAACUUAUAUGAGAAGCAGACAGCGGUCUUGGCGACGAUUUAAGGAAUAUAUUCCAGAAAAAGGUUCAUCAAGCUUGCGAGAGAAUAUCAAAACAAUGAAGAAGGAUAUGCCAAAAGUAAGAGCCGACGAGGGCGCUACUGGGAGAUCUUUGAAGAAAAAAGUUAAACCUUAG